UAUUCACGGACAGCUGUGGCGGCAGUCAGACAUAACCUCAACAUGCAGUGCAAGGUUCUGUUCUUCUUGGUGGCCCUCGGGCUGGUGCAGGGGCUGGGAGCGACCUCGGUGAACGUGACGGCGGCGGCCCAGACGAUAGCCGGCUACUUCAGUCUGCUGGAGCAGAGCCUGAACGCCUCGGCGCAGCACGCGCAGAGCGGCUCGGAGGCCCUAUGGGCCAACGUGUCGAGCUGGCUGCAGCAGCAGGAGGCCAACAUCGCCUCUAUGAACACCACCAAGGCCAUCGCGGCGGCGCUGGAGGACGUGCACAGCACGUGGCGGCAGUACGCGGCCAACAUCAGCAGCGAGCUGACUCAGGCCGGCCAGGCCGUGUUCAGCAGCUUCAACAGCAGCAUCGCGCAGCAGGCGCAGGCGUGGCGCAGCGCGCUGCAGCAGGCGGCGCAGCAGCUGGGGGCAGCAGAGCAGGCCAUCGCCGGCGCCAUCGGCUCGCAGAUCCAGGCGGCCGUGAACACCUCCAGGGCCAUCGCCUCGCAGGUCGACCACUCCGUGGCCUCCGCCAUCAGCCAGGGCCAGUCCAUCUUCGACCACAUAUUCGGCAUGUUCGGCUAACCUCGCAGCUUGGCGAACAAACUACUGUGAAAAUACCUGCCGUGUUCCAAUCCACCCACUAUUGUCAGCUUGCUAGGUGGUCUUAGAAACAACUUAGCAAUAGACACUCCUUUCUAAAGUGCCUCGCCAGUGUAUAGUCGAAGGUACCAGGUCCCUGUCUUGCAGUAGCUCUGUCCUCAUCACUCUCCCACUCCCCUUCAUUUGAAAAGUAUUUCGGCAUGAAUCGGGUACUUAUUUACCUACAACAAAAAUGUAGUGAAUUUUUAAGAUUAUUUUCAACAAUUAUUUCUUUUUCGCAUUCCUUAAAAAUACCACUUAGUGUGUGAGUGUAUUCUAUAUUUUUUGUCUUGUCCGAC